UAAAUUGUACCAAAAUGAAAUUGCUUCCUUUAAAUCGUAAUCAAAUUAAUACAAAUGAAUUUCUUAAUAGAUUGUGGAUUAGAUAUUUCUUACUUUUGAGAAUUUCCUUCUUGUGAUAUUAUCGGAUCAAAAGCACGAACAACAUGUAUCAGUUUCUGUUGAGGUUUCUUCCAAUAUAUCAGAUCAUUCAGAUCAUACGUUGAUGCUAUAUCAGAAAAUAAAGAACAUGACAGGAAACAUCGUAAAUUGGAUCAUUUAAUUGAUUUAGCUGGUGAUGGUAGUGGAGUUGCAGGUGACGAUGAAGGAAUUGGUGCAUUUCUUUGGUGAUAGUGUACUUAAAAGUCGAACUCAUUCACAACUUGGAUCUACUAUUAUUUUUACCGGUGUCACUGCAGAUUGGAAUGUUGCGCGAUCUUUAUAUUCAAUAGCAGACAUUCAAUCUUGUAUUGAUAAAGUGAGACCUGUAAGAUUUGGUGAACAUCUGAAUUUAUAUGAACUCGAAGUUGAUGGUGCAUAUGGUUUAGAUUAUUGUAAUUGGAUGAUUGAUUGUGGAGGUGAAAAGAUUAGUAUAGUGUCAUCAUCAUCCAUGGUACAAAAUAUACAUCCUUUGCCUUUUGAUGAGACGGUAUUCAGUAAUGCUGAUGAUGGAGCUAGAUUUGAAACUAUUCUUAUUGAAAUUGGAAAUUGUGUUGGUUUUUUGAGUCAACAUCUAAGGGCCGUAGGAUUACGUGGUAUUCCCUUCUAUGCAGUAUAUCCUAUGGCUGAGGAAUCCCUCAAAUAUUCUAAUAUAUGUGGGGAAUGGAUGUGUACCGAGAGACAGCAAAAAAUGUACUUGCCAGAUAAUCUGAUGCAUUAUCAAGACAUGAUUGAGCAAUCGUUAUUAUAUUAUGCGAUA